UUUUGAUUUUUUUUCUCUCUCUCUCGCUCCUCGCUCCUCUCUCCGCUGUCCUCUCUCUCUCUCUCUCUGUCUUUCUCUCCAUCGAAGAAACGGCUCGAUUUAGAGUAUGCGAACCUUCACCCCAUCGACAGUGAUGGCGAAGGUGGAGGCUGGCGACGGCAUGUGCGACCAAGAUCCACAGAAGGGGAACCGGUUGGAGGAAAGAACCAUAAACGUGCGUGAUGAUUCCACGACAGACCAAGCCGCGAAGACGGGGGUAAUCAGGGGGAAAAAGCACAAGCUGAAGUGGAUGAGCCGGCCCAUGGUGUUGCCGGAGACCAUCCUCGAGUUCCUCGACGAAGACCUCAGGGAGAACGCCAUCAGAUAUCUUAGUAAUUUCUUGGUCGAGAAAAGGGAAGAGGAUUUGGAUAAUUACUUCCGGACUGGAUAUAUGGUGUUUAAUUCCUGUGGUACACUGUGCAUAUUACUACAGGAAAUUGUAGGUUUUUACAAGAAGAUGGAAGAUGAAAAACUCGAUUCAAGAAGCAUAAAGCGUCUUAUUAAUGUUCUCACUCUUUUCCAGAGUGUUGCUGCUAACAACGAAACCAGGCAAAGAUUUGUAGAUGCCUGUGGUCCAAACUUUUUGGUACCCUUGAUACUUUUUAAGAGCACAAAUGAGGUGUUUGAAGAUGUCCGUACGAUUGCUCUUUCAGUGUUUGGAAUCUUGUGCCAGGGUAGAGAAUCGAGGAUUAUAAAGUGGGCUAUUGAGAACGACAUAAUAGAAGUAUGUCAUUGCAUUUUGGAGAAUGGAAGUGAGCUUAGUAAAGUGAUAGCAAUGCACAUCCUUGAAGCCAUACUUCAUGACAACUCUGGUAUAUCUUUUAUUUGUGAUCCCACAUGCACACAUGUCCUCGAUGGACUGAUUCGGACAUGGAACGGGCUGGUCAAUCUUUUAGCAGUUGACCAAGACUUUUCUCCUCGCCUACUGUUCCACUCCAUAAGAUGCUACAUUAUUCUCUGCAGACAUGACAAGGGAUAUGAUGCCGUUAAGAACAACCUUCCAGAGGCUAUUGCAAAUGGCUCCUUCCAUGAGAUGACUGAGAAGUACCCAAUGAUCAGGGAAUUGUUGCAUCAGCUUCUUCUCAACGUUGGUAAAGAGGCAGAAGUCCAUCUUUCAGAAAAGUGGUGAUCACACAUCAGAGGAGGAAACAGUGAACUUACAUUAUGCAUGUGGAUUGGUUCUUUCACCGAAGAGUCAGGUUCUCUGCUUAGCAUUCCCUUGAACGAUGCAAGCAGGAUUAUAGUCGUAAAUGAAGUAUAGCCUUCUGUAUAUUCUUUAUGUUCUAUCAGCUCCUGUCUGUGGAGCAUCAUAGGAGCAGAUCAGUAGUACACCGGCAGUGAUGGUUAGGAGCCUGCUGAGAGAAGAUGUUUUGAAUUGCCCAGAUAAAAUCCAAACUUCUCUUUGAGAUGCGGAGA